AUGUCUGAUUAUCCAAAAGGUAUUCUUAGAAAUAAAUCAAUUAGUGAAGAAUCUUCAAAUACUUCAUCUUCACAUUCUGUUGCUGAUCAUUUAGAUAGAAGACAAGUUAUUGAAAAUACAAAAUUAAAUGCUAAAUUAUCUUCAAAUUAUUCACCAAAAGGUGAUAAAAUAAGAGCUAAAAUCGCUGAAGAAAAGAAAAAACAUGGAGGUAACAGUGAAAAUGUACCUGAACAUUUAAAAUGGGAUGAAAUAAAUAUCUAUAAAAAUGAACAAGAAAAAUCAGCAACGAUGAAAAUUGAUGAACCAAAAACUCCAUAUGAAGGUGGUUUCAACCCUGAAGGUGAAUAUUAUAGAGAUGAUGAUGAUGAAGAUACAACAAAAGGUAAUGAAAUACCCGCAUUUGAUUUAGGUGAAAGUGAAUAUGAUAAAAUUAAAAGAGAUGAUAGUCUUGAUGGUGGACAAGUAUAUAAGAAUGAAGAAGAAGAAAAAGAAAAAGAAGAAGAAGAAGUAGAAGAAGUGACGAAAAAACCUCUAAAUGCUGAAGAAAGACAUAAAUUAUUUGAAGAAAAGAGAAAGCAACAUUACCAUAUGAAAGCACUUCCUUUAAAACAUAAUAAAAUAGAUAUACCCGAUGAUGAAUAA